AUGGUGUCCAUCGAAAAGUGGUAUUCCACGCAGACUGCCCAAGUCCUCGACUUGGUAGGUGACUAUGCUGGACGGGAGCUGUUUCUUCUCGAUGGAGAUGCCCUAGUCUUGGACUGCGUCGAUGACAUUGCACUGGAUUUUGAUGAUGGGAUUCAGCUACUCCACGCUGUGUGGAAUGUCGAGAGAUUUCUCUCUCGAUUGAACCACUCCAAGUGUGUCUUUCACAUUGCCUUCUUCAAUGAAAAUCGUGGGAUAGUUGCAGCUGCUGCGCCAAAGGAUAUCCACCGUUCGAAGUACGCUCUGGCCAGAGCAGUCAUCCUUCUGCAUUUGAAACGACAGGUGCAUGUAAAGCAUCCCGACAUCGAGGUUCACCAGUUUCAGUCAAUGACCUCCUCUGACUUCCGAAAAUAUCUGCAAUCCAACAAUGUCUACUUCGUCAUGUCCCACAAUGGUGCACUGAGGCGUAGAGACGUCUCUGUCCGAGAUUGCUUGUUUGUGGUACGGCAGGCCCUGUCUCUGGGGUUGGGAGUUGCCAUCAUUAACGAGAUCGAAUGGCGGGAUAGCAAGAUAAUAACAAGAGUUAUCCAAGCAAAUCCACCCUAUCUUGAAUUGGGGGAUAGCCGACGAGAGAUGGAAAGCAUUACUCCAGCCGGAGACCCGGGCUGCAUAAAAUACUUCAAAGAAAUAGUCAGGCUUCAUCCACUCAGUGGUGACCGGGAUCUAACACCCAGAGACCGGCUUACACUUUCCGUCUUGUCCGUUAUGCUCAGGAAACGGGAAGGCACUCCAAUGCAUUUGAUGGCUGCUGCAUUUUUACUUCACUCAGUAUGUCUUAGAAAUUUGUCCCUGUCAGAGAGAAGGCUUCCAGUUCAGCAUAUUAUAGAUCAAGAGUCCUAUAACGCCAUCCUUGAUGAAUUUUGCAAGAAUACAAAUACCCUCAUCGAAACUGCAGAUUUUGAGAACUGUCUUUGGGAAUCCAAGGAACCAGAUAGCCAUGAUCUCAUUGACGGCAGACUUCUACGACCUUGCACGAAUUUACUCCAAAGUCAGCAGGUUUCGGAGCUGGAAAGCAACAUACAAUACCGCUACAAUACCCUGCUUGAAUGUCUGGAGACAGUCUCGCGCGUACCAAUUCAAUAUAAUAAAAUCAGCAACACGCUACCGGAGGUCAAUAUCCAACCCUCUGGCCAGGCUCCCAUGGAGAAGACAGCACUACUGCCAUUUCAGCAUAAAGUCUUUGACUAUCAUCUUUCAAGUAUCCAUGUGACUGUGGAGUCGUUUGACCGUAAGCAGACAAGAAUUCCCCAACGCAGUGUCAUAGAUAUGACGCAUUGGCAUAAUCGGAGACUCCUUGAUUCAAAACCCAGGACAAAGUGGCGCAAUCCUGAAAGAUCAAAACAGUUACAGAUGAGAAACAUGGAGGUAUAUGCCGCAAGCCUCACUGACACGAAAGGUAGAGCCUUCACUCCAACGAGAAUCAUCUCCCCGGAGAUCAGGGGCAAGAAUCAAUCCAAGUCAACGGCGAAGAAACAGUCGUUAAAGGCCCAACAAAUAAUAAAACAAAACAAGAAAGAAAAGUUAAAAGAAGAAUCAUCCUGGCAAAAUUCUUGGAAGAGAAAGCUCUCCGAGAUAAGCACAAUGGAACCUGGUCGCAAAGCACAGGAGUGUCUGGACUUCCUGGGCAAUCUUGAUGACAAAAAGAGGGCCUAUCUUGAACCAGAGAUUCGGCUAUUUAUCCUAAUACAGCAUAUUCUUCACCGUCAAGGGCUCAGCGUGGCUAAAGAUAACGUACCUGAGUCCUUGAUGCGAGAUAUAUGGGAUCAGGUGCGAAUUCUCCGACACUGUAUUUCUCAAAUGCCACCAACUGGCUAUGAGUUGUUUCAGAAUAUAUGUCGAAAACUUCAACUACCGGAAUGCUCCAAUGUCACUCCUGUUCCAAAGCGUCAACUAUCAUUUACCUUCGACAGCAAUUUAAUUCAAGAAGCGUCUCCAUGGGGGUCAUUAACUAUCCGGGAUUUUGAACUCCUGCAUUGCGGUCCAUAUUUGGAACGCUCAACUGGAUCCAAACCUGACUCUCGAGUUGAUUUUGAACCAGACAAAUGGCAAAGAGAGGUCUUGGACGAACUUGAUGCAGAUCACAGCGUUUUUGUCGUAGCACCGACAAGUGCUGGAAAGACCUUCAUUAGCUUCUAUGCCAUGUCUAAAAUCCUCAGGGAAAGUGACGAUGGUGUCUUGGUUUAUGUAGCACCGACUAAGGCACUAGUUAAUCAAAUAGCUGCUGAAAUUCAUGCUCGCUUACGCAAGACCUAUCCACCAGGAUCAGACAAGACCCUAUGGGCAAUCUAUACGCGAGAUGUCCGAGUCAAUGACCCCGUGAAGAGCCAAAUUCUUGUGACAGUCCCACAUCUGCUUCAAAUUAUGCUACUCUCCGCACACUAUGCCACGUCCUGGGCUUCCCGCGUCAAAUGCAUCAUAUUUGAUGAGAUUCAUUCCAUCGGUCAAACAGACGAUGGCUUAGUAUGGGAACAACUGCUACUGCUGGCUCCGUGUCGUAUUAUUGGGCUCUCUGCCACAGUUGGGAACCCGGAAGCGUUCACUGAAUGGCUUUCCUCGACCCAGAGAAAUUUGAAUAUACCACUGAAACUCAUCAGACAUAACCAGCGAUACUCAGACCUUCGAAAAUUUACCUAUGUCCCUCCGGAAAAAUAUUCCUUCAAAGGCCUGCGCCCGAGCCAUCACCAGAAAGUCAUGUUAGACCCAGGGUCUAUUGAUGGCCUGACUUUUGUGCAUCCAAUUGCUAGUCUUGUCAACUCUCAGAGACAGAUGCCAGAAGAUUUCUCCCUUGAGCCAAGAGAUUGCUAUCUGCUAUGGAAGUCAAUGAUACAACAUGCGUCUUCUCAAUUUCCAGUCCCAGAGGAACUGAGCCCUGACCACGCCCUUCCUCCUUUCAUUAGACGAGCUGAUGUGUUCCAAUGGGAAACCGGUUUGAAAAAGGUUCUAUGGAGCUGGAUGACUAACGCCGAUUCCCCAUAUCAGCUUGUUCGCAACGAUCUUGAGAACCUGUCAGCAUCUCCUGACUACAAAAAUGCGAUAGAAGAUGGCAUCGGUGAUAAUGAGGAUGGAGAUGGAGAUGGCAAGCUCAAUGGGGUCAUCAGUUUCAAGCAGAAGAGCAGCCAACUAUGCGCUUCUAUAUUUCCUUUACUUGUGAAUCUUCACGAGAAAAGCGCAAUGCCUGCACUUAUUUUCAGCUAUGACCGCAACAUCUGCGAGUUUCUUGCAGUUACUACUCUCAGGAAAUUAAAGCUGGCCGAAAAUGAAUAUAAGAUGGGGCCCACAUGGAAAAGGAAGUUAAAGGAAUAUGAGAAGUAUCUUGCAGAGGUGGAAAUGCAAAAGCGUGCAGAUGAAAAAAGCAAGAAGGUGAAUCGACGCAAGAGCCAGUCCAAAGAGGAGUCGAUACCUGACAACCCGUACCGGGAAAGUCAUCGAUUCAAAGGAUUUGAUCCUGACAAGCCCCUGGAACAGUUCAGCUUUGCUGACUCUCAUAAAUUUGACUGGGCGGAACUCGAAAAGGAAAUCAACGGAAUGAAGAGAUCCAAGAAAGUCAACACUGACCUUCUCGAGGCUCUCCGUCGAGGUAUCGGCGUACACCAUGGGGGCUUAAAUGGGCGAUACCGGCAUUUUGUAGAACGAUUGUUUCGUGCUGGAUUUUUGCGUGUUGUCGUCGCCACUGGCACUCUAGCGCUCGGGAUCAACAUGCCAGCUCCUACUGUCAUAUUCUGCGGUGAUAGUGUCUAUUUGACUGCAUUGAACUUUCGUCAGGCUGCUGGCAGAGCAGGCCGUCGAGGCUUUGAUCUGCUGGGAAAUGUGAUAUUCCAUGGAGUUCCUCGACAUAAAGUCUACCAGCUCAUAAGCUCUCGGUUGCCUGAUCUCACAGGCCAUUUUCCUAUAACCACGAGCCUGGUGCUCCGUCUUUUUAUCUUGCUGGACAACUCAAAGCAAUCAGAUUAUGCUGUACGAGCAAUAAACUCGCUGCUGUCCCAACCUCGUCUGUUCCUUGGUGGUGAGGACUCACGGAACAAAAUCCUUCAUCAUCUUCGUUUCUCUAUCGAAUACCUAAGGCGUCAGCAUCUCCUUGGCGCCCAUGGGGAACCACUCGACUUGGCUUGUAUUGUGGCACAUCUCUAUCACGCAGAGCGAAGUGCGUUCGCGUUUCACGCCCUUGUGCGCGCUGGGUAUUUCCGGGAACUUUGUGAGGCAGACCACACAAACACGGGGCAGAAUCAGAGGACGAUCAUCAUUGUCUUGGCCCAUUUAUUUGGCCGGAUGUCUCUUGGAACCAGAAGCAAUGAAUUUCUUGAACGGAGGAAGAUAAUCAAGUCGCCGUCUGUGGUACGUCUCCCAGAUAUGCCAUCAAAGGCCCUCGAAGUGCUCCGAGAACAUAAUUUGGAUGUUCUUAGAACAUACUCUGCAUAUGUCAAUACUUUUGCCAAGCAGCACCUACAGGAACCUGAAAAGGAACUGCCCCUUAGCGGAGCCUUGGUUGGGGGCACAGGAGAUCCGGAGACCAGCCGACUGUUAGGAGCAUUGGAAGCAACGCGGUCUCGAUCAGCAUUUGUUGGUCUUUCUGGACACGGUGAUGAUUUCACAAGCAUUAAGGAUCUCUGUAAUACGGUUCGGUCUGGGAUAUUCCUGGAGCAGAGCGUCAUCCCGCACCUUGACAUUUAUCCAGACGAGGGCAUGGCUCCAUUGAACGCAUAUCUGUACGACUUUUUCUGCCACGGCAGUCUCCAACCACUUGAAGCGGCGAAUCAAAUUUCCCCCAACGAUUGUUGGCACAAGUUGAACGACUUCUCGAUGGUAUUGGCAACGAUCGUGGUGGCAUUGGCGAACUACCUCGACCCAAAUAUGAAUGGGGAGGAAUUUUUUGCAGACGAUACUGAUACAGACGAUAUGGCGUCGAUAACAGGCAGUGAACCAGAUGAAUCAACCGAACCCACUAAGCCAUCCACAGCAGGUUCUGGCCGUGCAUCCAUGCUUCCUAGGACAACUCCUACUCAGCCAAUGGCAUGGGACGAUGACGAUAGUGAUGAAAGUUCAAUACCGGAUGACUGGGAGGAUAAUAUCAGUCAGCUCUCUGCUUCAAGGGACAAGGAGACACUGGUGAGACCCGGAGGCGAGGCGAGCAAUGUGCCGGAGCGGCUGGUUGUCUCCCGUCAGGUUCUGGAGAUGUUCUGUGAGGUGAAGAAGGAAUUUGACGAAAAGUUCCAUAAGAUCUUUGCUUAA